AUGAAACUUCGUGGCGUGCUUCGAGCGCCCAAACAGCCAGCUGGACAGCAUACCAUUGGCACCAAGUGGGUAUUCAAUAUCAAGCGGAAAGCUGAUGGAUCCAUCGAGAAAUACAAGGCGCGUCUCGUGGCAAAAGGGUUCAAGCAGAAAUAUGGCAUCGACUACACGGAGACGUUUUUGCCGGUAGUCAAGUACGUGACGCUGCGCAUGGUAGUUGCAAUCACGAAGUACUUUGACUGGACACUGGACCUACUGGACGUGGUGACAGCUUUGCUAUGCGAAGAGAUGAAGGAAAAGGUAUUCUGCGCGAUCCCAGAAGGGGUCGAAGUUGAUGAAGACUUUGACUGCUUCGAAUUGUUGAAGGCGAUCUACGGACUAAAACAAGCAUCGCGCGUAUGGAAGGAAAUUUCUAUGAGUUCGUCUGCUCCAUUGGAUUUCAAGUAUCUCAUUUUGACCCGUGUCUUUAUCUCAAGAUUACAAGUGGCGACGGCUGUGAAGAAGACACCUCGUCAAGCUGCGUCAAGUGUUGAAGCAAGUGGAAGACCAAGCUUCGCUAUACCGGUGGGUACCGGUAUGUACCAGUAA